CGGAGCGGAGCGCGGCGGCGGCGGCUGGGCCGGGAGAGGCUGGCGCGCCGGGCGGCUCCGCGAAUCCUCCGGCAUCCGCCCCGGCGGGCCGCCCCCGCCCGCGGCAGCCCACCGAGCAGCGGCCCGGCACCGGCGUCUUCCCGGCGGGCGAGAGUGAACCAUGGAGCUACGUGUGGGGAACAAGUACCGCCUGGGACGGAAGAUCGGGAGUGGGUCCUUCGGUGAUAUCUACCUGGGUGCCAACAUCGCCUCUGGUGAGGAGGUCGCCAUCAAGCUCGAGUGUGUGAAAACGAAGCACCCGCAGCUGCACAUCGAGAGCAAGUUCUACAAGAUGAUGCAGGGGGGAGUGGGCAUCCCGUCCAUCAAGUGGUGUGGGGCCGAGGGCGACUACAACGUGAUGGUCAUGGAGCUACUGGGGCCCAGCCUUGAGGACCUCUUCAACUUCUGCUCCCGCAAGUUCAGCCUCAAGACGGUGCUGCUCCUGGCCGACCAGAUGAUCAGCCGCAUUGAGUACAUCCACUCCAAGAACUUCAUACACCGGGACGUCAAGCCGGACAACUUCCUCAUGGGGCUGGGGAAGAAGGGCAACCUGGUGUACAUCAUUGACUUCGGCCUGGCCAAGAAGUACCGGGACGCCCGCACCCACCAGCACAUCCCCUACCGGGAAAACAAGAACUUGACUGGCACUGCCCGCUACGCCUCCAUCAACACCCACCUGGGCAUCGAGCAAAGCCGUCGAGAUGACCUGGAGAGUCUGGGCUACGUGCUCAUGUACUUCAACCUGGGCUCCCUGCCCUGGCAGGGCCUCAAAGCAGCCACCAAGCGCCAGAAGUACGAGCGGAUCAGCGAGAAGAAGAUGUCGACGCCCAUCGAGGUCCUCUGCAAAGGCUACCCCUCUGAGUUCUCAACAUACCUCAACUUCUGCCGCUCCCUGCGGUUCGACGACAAGCCCGACUACUCCUACCUGCGCCAGCUGUUCCGCAACCUCUUCCACCGGCAGGGCUUCUCCUAUGACUACGUCUUCGACUGGAACAUGCUCAAAUUCGGGGCUUCCUCGAGCCAGGCUCAGCCCCGAGACAGCGAAGCUAUUACGCUGCCCCGCCCCCGCCCCUGUGCCGGGCCCACGUACCCACUCACAUACUGGUGCCUGGUGCCUCUGGGCACCCAGGGCCCUCCAGAUAGGCCCGUGGAGGAGGUGGAGGAGCUGCCCCCCACAAACUACUGGCCUGUGGUCUGGACUCUGGGUCCCCAGUUCUGAUGUCACCAGGUGUGCCAGAGCCCAUUGGGGCCAGGCCUGAAGAGGCAUCCUUGGGCAUGUUGGGGGUGCAGUGGAAGAGGGCAUGGCGGAGAAGGCCCUGCUGCGAAAUUCAUGGGGAUGAAUCAGCUGCCUGGGAUUCUUGGGGAUGCAUCAGCUGCCUGAUGAACAGAGCCUGAAGGAGGGAUGAUGGUCACUGCCUUGGAGGGGUCUGGUGGGCACAGCGCCAGAAGCAGCUUCAGCCAGACCCCAUGUGUGGUCUCUAUUGAACCUGAACUUAUUAAACAGCCCUACCUGUCCUGCGUUUCAUCCUGGUAUGCCUCUCCUUACGUGGCGGGUGCCCUCUGCGUGCUCUGCCAGAUGAACAGGACCGAGGCCUUGUCCUCUUGGACACUGGGGUCAGCACUUGGUCUUGUGUCCCCCUUCUUUCCGGGUCUCAGAUAGUGGCCUGGUACUGUUCCUUAAGGUAGCACAGAGAUCAGGCAGAGAAUGGGUGUUCCACAGGCUGAGGGGCCCCAGGAGUGGAGAUGGGCAGUGGGACACCUCUCACCCAGACCUUCUGGCUAGGAGUGUGUCCAAGGCCGCAGGCCAUCUCUUCUCGUCACAGGCCAUUGCUCAGGGCAUUCAGGCUCUGGACACUCGCUCAUCUGGGAGGAAAGUCACCCCAGAGUGUAGUUCUUUAGUGGGUUUUGCAUUGUCUAGGCCUGCGUCAUCCAACAUGGUAGCCACUGGCUACCUGUGGCUUAAUUUUUAAUUAAGUCAAAUUAAUCAAAGCUGAAAAUGUAGUUACUCAGUCGCACUCGCCACAUUUCAAGUUCUCAGGGGCCACAAGUGCCCGGCUAGUGGCUACCAUACGCAGCAAGGCAAACGGGAGCAUUUCCAUCAUCACAGAAGGUUCUGUGGGACAGUGUUACUCUGGAUGGGACUGUCCAGCCAACAAGACCUCAUCUUAAGCCUGGCCAGGAGCACCCUCCGUGCUCGUUGCUGGCACUCUGACCCCUUCUUGGGGUCCCCUUUGAGGCAGGCCCUGGAGUCAGAAGCUGAGCAGAGGUGCCAGUAACCCUAUCCUGCACCCAUCUCUGACUUGAAGGCCAUCGGACUGGAUAAGUGAGCAUCUUUGACCUCAUCACCACCAUGGUGAGCACCUCCCUCUCCAGCUGCCACCUGGCAGAAGCAUCUGCAGACAUGGAACGGGGACCUUCCACACUUUUACCCGAAGGCCAGGCCCCUCCCACACCAUCCCUGCAGAAAGCCUUCACCAGCACCUACUAGCAGACUGGACCCCAUGCUGGGCACCGUGGACUGCAGACUCUCCUGUGGGAAGGAUCUUGCUCUUGACUGAGAGCUUCCCUCCUUGGAGUGGCCACCCCGAAUUAUUUGGCAUCAGGACCCUGGAAUCCUGGGAUACCUGGGGCCUGGGACACUGCUCUCAGCACACAGAGCCACUAUGUCCCAAGGUCCAACCAGCCAGCCAAGAGGAAACUCGACACAGCCAAGGACAGGUCCACACGACACGGGUGGAUGCUUGUGUGACUUUGAUGUUGAUCUUUUGUGUUUUCUUGUGGGCAAAUAAAAGCCAAGAGGCCUCCCUGGA